AUGCUGAACCAGUAUCUCAAAACUUCAAUUGCUUCGACGCGAGGCCUAUAUUUCAUCAAUUUAUUCCCUUUCAAGAAUCAUUCCUUAUCCCUCUGCUGCCCUAAUGCUAAAAUCUUUGGAUAUGUGAGAUCCCCGAUUGAACCCAUAUCUCAUGUUCGAACUUAUAUGCUCUCUGCAUCUUCGUCUUAUCACCUGGUGCCAUUUCUAGGGACCCCUUGUUUGAAUUUGGUCAAAUUAUCGCAGCCCCUGAAUGCGCUCGCUGCGUUUAGGGUCUCUGUGCGUCAUUUUUGUUCGGAGACUGUUACAGUGGAUCAAAAUUUUGACUGUGAUGGGAGGAGUGGUAUUGAGGACGAGUCAUUAGAAAGUGAUGUAGAUAAGUUUUGCGAGACCAAUGAUUUCGUUUCCGAGGAGGGAGGGUAUGUGUGGUUUGUUGUCCAUGUUACCCAGAUUUUAACAAAAGCAACGGCGAAAUGCCUAGGUUUUAGCAAACGGAACACAGAGAGAGAGAUGAGCAGCUCCACGAGGAAGAAGGUGCAGAAGAAGUGCAAGAUCAGAGGCUACACGCUUGAAUUGGAUGCCGUCGACGAGAUCCUCUCCUUUGAAUCCGAAUUCAACAACGACUCUGCUUUGGACGAUCCCGUCGAUAUCCUCCUCGACCUCCUCGUGACCCAGCCCAUAAAAGACAAGGAGACGGUGCACCGCAUUGCUACCCGUAUAUUGGGUGCUGAUGCGGCCAUCAACGAAACCCCCGACGGCGAUGGUGAUGAUGUUAUAAGAGCCUCUGAUUUGCUCAUAGUUGAUGCCUUCAAGGUCCCAAAGUUCCGAUAUGACCCCAUCAAGAAGGUUUUUUACAAGCAUACUGGGAGCCUACCCAUGCAUGGUGACGCAUUUUCGAAAGCAGCUCUGUAUAAGGAUAGGUUUCUCUUGCUCUCCCAGAUGCUCUCUCGCCAUAAGGAUUUUUCCAAACCAGCCUUUGAUUCUGAAUUGUCAGAUUUCGGACGCUGUGAGGUUAUGGCUAUGCCUGAACUCAUAAAAGCUAGAGUUGAGGUUCAGUCAAAUCAAAAGCAUGAAAUCAUCAUUUUCCUUGACAAUAUAUACAAGAUAACUGCAGGAUUUUUUGUAGAGAACACAAUAGUUGUUGCAGAAGGCGAGAUGCUCUUAGAGGGUGUCUUUCAGGUGUUUAAUUGCGGAUUUCCUCCGCUUGAGGGCAGAGAUAAGUCACUCCAAUUUCUUGCAGGACAUGACUCUUUUGGUAGUGGUACACUAACAGAACAGGAGACGCUCAGACUUGCAAAGUUGGAAAGAGAAGCAGUUAAUGGGAAUGUUGUCAUACUGUCUGACAUUUGGCUAGACAAUGAAGAGGCUAUGGGAAAGCUGGAGAGAGUCCUAGAUGCUUUUGAGAAUGAGGACUUUGUACCGUGCUUAUUUGUACUCAUGGGGAAUUUUUGUUCUCAUCCAUGUAAUCUUGGUUUUCACUCCUUCUCCAAUCUCAGGUCGCAGUUUGGCAAGCUAGGGCAAAUGAUUGCUGCCCAUCCACGGCUAAAAGAGGGUAGUUGUUUUCUAUUUAUCCCAGGUCCCGAUGAUGCAGGCCCUUCAACUGUUCUACCAAGGCCUUCUUUACCAAAAUAUUUAAGAGAAGAGCUUCAAAAUCACAUUCCAAAUGCCAUAUUUUCAAGUAAUCCUUGUAGAAUGAAGUUCUGUAGCCAGGAGGUGGUAUUCUUCCGUCAGGAUCUGCUGUACAGAAUGCGCCGUUCAUGUCUGAUGCCCCCUUCUACAGAAGAAACUACUGAUGACUUUGAGCAUCUGGUUGCUACCAUAACCCAUCAAUGUCAUCUCUGCCCUCUCCCUCUUAUUGUACAACCGAUUAUCUGGAAUUAUGAUCACUCCCUGUACCUCUAUCCAACUCCACAUACGAUAGUUUUAGGUGACAGAAGCGAGCAAAAGGCUUUCAAAUACACAGGAAUCACUUGUUUUAAUCCUGGUUCCUUCUCAAGCGAUGGCGCCUUUGUGGUAUACCGUCCUGACAAUCAGGAAGCACAACCAAUUGCGUGUCAUUACUGCGACAACCCUGAAUACCAUGCCUUGCUUCCUCAGCGUGAUCAUAAUUGCCUACAACAUCAUUUAAAAAUCUUUGACGAGAAAAACGUCCCGUCCUGGAACUCAAACCUGGAGAAUUCUUGGGGCCGCUAUCUGGCAAUGAAAUUUCUGGUGCAGUUGAAGAAGACACUUGUCCGUCCCCAUCAUUGUUACCAUAGGGUUCAGAAGCUGAACUUCCAUUGGCAUAUUCCUCAGACAACACUUGCGGUUCAUUAG